CAAUGCGCCAUUGUUAUAUAAUUAAAUGUUUGUAUUGCGGUGCUCCAAGUGUGCUUAGACCACUCCGUCAUACAAUUUUUGGACAGAGACCGCUUACUUGCGUCUGUCGAGGUUCCGACCAUUUACACUCGCAGUUGUCAAGUGUUACUAAAAUCCAGUAUAAUCACAUUAUGAUGUCACGUAAGCGCGUCGAUGGCAGUGUUUUAUUCAUAUGACUUAGACUAAAAUUAGUUGGCAUGGAGUUGACCAGUGGCGUCCGAUAGUGCAAAUGGACUGCCGACUUGGCUCCAAGCUUAUUUUUAAUUAGACACUCUAUGGCUCACCUUGGAGUUUAGCUGAAGGCAUUUCCUGGCAACGGCUCCAGGCGCUGAAAAGCUUCACCAGAGGCGAAGAAUGGCAAAAAGCAAACAGGCAAACCACCUCAGACGGCUGCGGGAGACCGGCCGCUGUAGCAACAACAGCGGCAGUAGCAGCCGCAGCAGCGAUAGCCGCACGUGCUCUGUAGGCCGCUUGCCAGCCGCAAUUCGGAGCUGCAUGCAGCGGCUGCCAGCAGCGGCAGACGUGCUGCUUUCCUGCCGCGAAGGCCGUCUUGAAACGUCUUCUUUGCCGAGAGCGGCAGCUGCCGUGGACGGACUUCUUCAAGAAACCCAACGCUUUGCGUCGUCGCUGCCAACGGGAGCUGAAGGCAGCCGCGAUACCUCAUCACCAGCAGCUUUAGCCGCAGCGGAGAUCCUGGCCGAUGAGCCCUUUCGCGUGGCGCUGCUGCGGCUGGUGGCAGCGGGGCUGCGGCUGGCACCGGAGGAGCUGUCUUUUCCGUACAACGAGGGCUCAGAGCAUGCUAACCGACCCGCGUUCGCCCUUACAGUGGCCAUAUGCUGCGUGUCGCGCCUCAUGCAGGCCUCCUCAGGAAUCGAAGGGCCGCUACCCCCCCACGUGCUGGACUUUGGCCUCAAGCUGCUGCGCAUGCAGAGCCUGCAGGCGCUCAGCCGCCAGAUGGCGGAGGUGGCGGCGAGCCUGCCGCAGCUCGACGACUACCGGUACACUCUGACUACCCAAGAGGAGCAGCCGCAACAGCAGCAGCCGCAGCAACCGCGCUUAAGACUGCCGUGGGACAAGGAUGUAGUUGCGGUCACGCAUGCCCUGUUCUUUGCCACUACCGCCAUCGGUUUCAUGCAUGCCACUGUGACCAUGUUAAUAGCUUGUACCGGGGUGCAGCAGCAGCGGCUGCCGUCAUCACCAUCACAACUACAGCAACAGCUCUACCGCUCCGAGCUAGCGGCCGCCCUGCGGGACAGCUGCGUGAUGGAGCACGCGGCCAGGCUGCUGCUGCAGGUUGGGAUGAUGGUGGGGCCGACGCAACCAGAUGAGAUUCACGCUGGUCAGCGUGCGAUGCUGAUGGAUGUUGCCAGCCAGUUCAACGCAACAUACAUGAGUAUCAGCCAUGUCUACUCUGGCAUUACGGAUGAAGGGGUUUCCUCCUCCAGGUCCUUUGAGACCGACCCCGCCGACUUCGCUGUUGCAGCCGGCCAGCUCCGUGAGGUGCUAACCGGCCGCUGCGCCCAGCACGCGGUGCUGCUACACGGCCUGGCGGCGCUGAGUACGGCGGACGGGGGGUCCUUUUACGGCCUGCCGACGUGGCCGAUGGAGAGCCUGCCUGCGGAGUUUGACGUCCACACAAUCGCCUGUACCGCAAACCUCCCUACCGGAAAGGUUGAACCCUUCCUUGCCGUACUUGCCGCGCUUGACCCCACAAUUCGAGUAACGCCUCCGGGCAGGCGUGCAACCAGGAUGAUAGCGCUGCGGAUUGCACGGCUGGCGGUGGUUUCGGCGCAGGAGUGGCAGGGCGUUUGUGCAGCGGCGGCGGAUCUACACGGCACCCCGGAAGCCGCGGCCGUCCUUGCUCAUGCGGUGUCUUCCAUGCCGCUUAAUGCAAUCCUGGCAGGCACUGACGCGAGAGACGUAGCCAUCCUAGCAAUGGCUCGUGCACGGCAGCUCAUGCGGGACCCACCAGAGGGAUUGCGUGCUGCGGAGGCGUCGUCCGCUGCCGCUUGGGUGGCGGAGGCGGCGGAGUGGUGGCAGCUGGUAGCGGAGGCGAUGCGGCAUGUCCUGCCUCUGGCGAAUGAGGAGCAGGUGAUGAAGUUGGCCAAGCAGGUUUCUGAGCAGCUGCAGGUUGGAGCGGAGGCGAAGUCAAUUCGACUGAACACGGAAGGUGCGCUGUCGGGUGGGCUGCUGCCCUGCCUGGAGCGCCUGAUGCGCCGGGCUGGAGUCAACAAUGGUGGGCCCGAGGCAGCCAUGGUGCGUGGGCUGCUGACGCAGGACGCCGUCCACACUCGCCUCGCAUCCGCCGUCGUCAACGGCGAGCCUCGCCAGGCUGCUGCGCUGGUGGCCACCAUGGGCAAGAUACUGCGGCAGAUGGACCCACGGGUCGCUGUCGAAGCGCUAGGGACGGCAGACAGCUCGCAUCAGCCUGUCCAGCACUGCAUCGGUUACUUCUUGGCCAUCGCCGAGGAGGACCUGGGUGGUGAAGUCGGCGAGACCGCUUGGGCCAUCGCGGUGAAGAGACGCGGCUGCAAGGAUACGGCUGCUGGGCCAGGAAGAGCAGUAACAGCAGAGGACCCAGCGACUCGCUUGUCACAACUUGCGCAGCUGGUCUCAUGUGUGUUAUGGGAAUGGGCGCCGCAGCUGUCACGGCUGACAUACCACGCUGUGCAGCUGGCGAAUGCUGGCAGUCUUGAGUGGGUGAGUGCUGGCCACCGCCUCAUGGCUCGGAUGUUACAGUGGCUGCCGCUCCUUGCGUGGGUGUGCGGAAGCGCAAGCAGCACGUGCGGCGGCGAUGGUGGCGGCUGCUCCAUGAGCGGAGGCAGCAGCGAGUGGCGGCGGCUGUUGCUAACGGAGUUGGAUGCCGUACCGCUGCUGGGCUCCGUACUGCAGCUGUACGUGAGCACGCUGCAAGGUGGACGCGGCACGGCGGACGUACAGCCUCUGCCGGCUGAUGAGCUGGUUGGCACCUGCUGCAUUGUUGCGGCUGCAUGCCCGCAGCAGGUGCGGCAGGCGGCAGUGGAGGGCUCCUGGCGCCCGGAGCUGCUGCGCGCGCUGGUACGGGUGCUGCGGGCUGGACAGCAACCCAGCGAGGAUGGCGGUGGAGGCCCAGGUGAUGGCAGCAGCCAUGGCGGCAGAGGCGGCUGGGACCCAGUUUACAAUGCGGCGGAGCUCCUUGCGGCGCAGUUGGAGGAGUGGCGGGACGCUGGUGAGGGAGGCCAUGCUGUUGUUGACGAGGACAGUGGCAUGCGUUUAUUCCAGGCGGUGCUCCCCCUAAUAUCGGCGGAGUUAAAGGCACUGGCGGCGGCCCUGGUAACGCCGGUGGAGCUGCGGCGGCGGGGGCUGCUGCGGGGCUGCGGCAACCCGCACUGCAGCAACCUGGCUGGGGACAGCGAGGCGGAGGUGAAGCUGAAAGCCUGCGGGCGGUGCGGGCAGGUGGGGUACUGCUGCCGGGAGUGCCAGGUGGCGCACUGGCGGGCGGGGCACAAGGAGGCGUGCGGGCGGGUGGGUUAGAAAGGCCGAGCACGGCUUGGGGGAUAGAUGAAUGAAUGAAUAACCGUUAUAAUGGUUCCCUAAAAGGGAACACGGGCGGUGGAUUGGCUAAUAUCUGGAGCAGAGUAGUUGUACGAUAGGAACCACCAAGGCUUGCUGGUCACUUGGCGACGCUUUUGCCGGCAGCCACCUCUGUCAGCUUGCUUGCUGAGGAAGGGGAGGAUGCCCCGAUGGGAAGGUGCAGGUUGGGGGAAAAGCGUGAUUGGCAAGGCGAUAGCCUGAGCGAUGAUAGUCUCAAGGGGUGGAAGGAUGGUUCGUGAACAGCGUUCCAUGCUUGCAGGGGUGCCCUGUGCCGAUGUUUUGGGUGGAUGCAGGGCACCAUGGGUAGAUGCAGGCAUGCGGGAGUGUGAGCUGAGAACCCGCAGGACAGAACUUAGGCGUUAGGAGGCAAAACAGGUUCACCCCAACCACGUUGUAGGUGUUCCGGCCAGGGCUGGGUUGAGAUUAUGCUGCCAUUGUUUGUUUUCGGGAUCACGCGAGGGUGUCCUGGGUAGUUUAUGGGGUGCUAGGCUGCACAUGAGCCUGCAACGGAAUGCAUGGCAAAGUAUCCAGACUGGGCAGGCGGCGUGGUGCAGUCACGGGGGAGCUGUAAGGCCAGGGCGUGAAGGUCGACGGCGUCAUCAUGCUGUGCCAUGCAUGCGCUGUUGACAUUAGGUUUGGGAACAGGAGCGACAUUGCGCUGCUGCUUGUGCACAGCAGCAGGUGGAGGGUGAGAUACGGUGGCGGCGGCAAGGGGCGCAGCCGGACCAGCCUGCAGCGGUGCAGCCCACCUACGGUACAUGCCAGUCCCAGUCUACCAGGCAAACCCCCUCCGCCCACGCCAGCUUAAGCUGGCGUUCGAGGAGAUUGUGUUGCACCUUGCAUGGUCGCAUGGCCAACGCGGCAACUGCGCUGGGAAGAAUCCUGACCGACAGCGCCCGCUGGGGGAUGGGACCCUCUCCUUGCUGGGCACGUGAUACCGAAGGAUCGGGUGGAUUCAAAGUAGGCUGUGCCUACAAAGGCAAC